UUUUCAGCGCGUCUCAAACCGUCGACAUGGCUGCAGCAGCGGCGCGCAUCGAUCGAGGACGCAGGUCUGUGUCUCUUUUGGGAACAGGGACGGGAUGCAGGGCAACACAUACCACGCCAAAAUCCCGUUAUGACGCGCUGGUCGUCGGAGGAGGACACAAUGGACUCGUGGCAGCAGCGUAUCUUCAGAAAGGAGGGGUGAAGACAGCUGUUUUGGAGCGCAGACAUGUGCUUGGAGGAGCAGCUGUCACAGAGGAGAUCUUCCCUGGAUUCCACUUCUCCAGGUGCUCCUACCUGCUCAGUUUAUUACGCCCUCACAUAAUUAGAGACCUAGAGCUGAAGAAACACGGGCUUAAGGUGUACUUGAGAGACCCUCAUGCUUUCACUCCUAUGUUGGAAGAUGGGGUGAGAGGCGCCCCACCGCGAUCCCUCAUUCUGGGCUCAGAUCUGGCCAGCAACCAGAGGGAGAUUGGCAAGUUUUCACAAAAGGAUGCUAAGGUUUACCCAGAGUUCACUGCACAUCUUGAAAAGCUAGCAGGAGCUAUCCACCCUCUGCUGGACAGUUCACCUGUAGAUAUUCCAGGUGUAACAACUGGAUCCCUGAAGAAAAGACUGUCUGCAGCCAAGACUCUAAUGCCAAUUCUUAAAUGUGGUUUAAAACUUGGGAGGAAUGUUCCAGAUUUUUACGAGAUUUUAACUGCACCAAUUACGAAGAUUCUCUUUCGCUGGUUUGAAUCGGAGCCCCUAAGGGCAACUCUGGCUACUGAUGGUGUGAUAGGAGCAAUGACCAGUCCUAGUAAUCCUGGUAGUGGGUAUGUUCUCUUACAUCAUGUGAUGGGGGAGCUGGAGAAGGAGAAGGGCGUAUGGGGCUAUGUGGAGGGAGGCAUGGGAGGCGUUUCUCAGGCGAUGGCUAGAGCAGCUCGAUCUCAUGGUGUUGACAUUUUCACUGAGAAGGAUGUGGAGCAGAUUCUUGUCGGUUCUGAUGGAUCUGCUAAGGGAGUUGCGUUAAAGGACGGCACAGAGAUCAACAGUAAAGUUGUUUUGUCAAAUGCUACCCCAUAUGUUACCUUUAGGAAUCUCACACCACAGGCUGCCCUUUCUUCAGAGUUUAUCAGAGCAGUAGAUCAGAUUGACUACACCUCGCCUGUCACAAAGAUAAAUGUGGCAGUGGACAAGCUUCCAAACUUUUUAGCAUUGCCCACCCCGGACGGUAAACCUGGACCCCACCAUCAAUGCUCGAUCCAUCUGAACUGUGAAAGUGUGGAAGUGUUGGAGACUGCAUAUAAAGAAGCCACUAACGGACGUCCCUCAACAAGACCUAUGCUGGAAAUGACCAUUCCCUCUGUGUUAGAUCCCACUCUGGCUCCCCCUGGCUGUCAUGUAGUGUCACUCUUCACUCAGUUCACCCCUUACCACGUGGAGGGUAGAGAGUGGACCAGCCAAGACAGAGAGGCUUUUGCUGACACUGUGUUUGACUGGGUGGAACAGUACGCCCCAGGGUUUAAAAAGUCAGUAGUGGGCAGAGACAUCCUGUCCCCACCAGAUCUGGAGAGGAUCUUUGGACUCACUGGAGGGAAUAUCUUCCACGGUUCAAUGUCUCUGGACCAGCUCUAUCUUGCAAGGCCUUUGCCCUCUCUGUCAAACUACCGCUCCCCAAUUAAAGGGCUCUAUCUGUGUGGUAGUGGAUGUCAUCCAGGUGGUGGUGUGAUGGGUUCUCCCGGCUGGAAUGCAGCAGUCACUGUCAUGGCUGACCUGAAAUCCCACUAGAACACAACGGCACAAGCGGGGUUUCUUCAGCAAUACUCAACAACGUCUGUCGUUUUCAAAAAUGUUUUAAGCUUUGAAUUGCUUUGUCUUUAUCAUCAGUGUAAUCAUGGCUGCAAAGAGACAUAGGUAGUUUUUCAUGAAUAUAUGUGAAUUUGAAAGGAUACAUAACAGAGCAGCUUUUCGGAAUAAUUAGGUUAUCUAAGUUGAAAAUCCACUGGUAAAGAUAGUCAUUUAGCUGAGCACAGAACCUUGCUAACCACCACAAGUGUUAGGGUUAGUCUAUUUUUUAAUAAUUUAAUUUAAUUUUAAUAAUGUGAACACAUUUUUUAAAGACUGAAAAUUGUUUGAAUAAUUUCACAUUUAUUUUAAAAUAUGACGUGUAUUUUUUUUGUUUUUUUAUGUAAUACGAUCUUUUCCCCCAAAAAAUGUAAGCUUAUAAAACAGCAAGAAUGUCUAUUAUUCAAACAGUAUUUCUUGUACAAUUUUCAUUUUAUAUUUUGUACCAACCCAAACAGCUUUCAACAAGACAUUAAAAUUCAGAAACAUUAUUGCAGAAA